UGGCUGAACUAUGGCCCGGGCGACAGUGAUCCAUGUGUCCCCAGAGCAGCCCACCUACGCUGUGUGUGUGCUGGGCACCGAGAUGCAGCUGGAUGUCUACGGCUCUGCCCCCAAGGGCUGCGCGACCUUUGGCAUCCGAGCCUCCCCAGAAGUGGUCGUGGACGUGGUCCCCAGCCCUCCAGCCAAGAGGAGUCCCACAGGUUCCUCCAAGUGGCCGCUGGCCCCCGGGCUGGAGGUGAGCCUGGGGGUGAGGGUCGCCAGCAGCAGCACAGGUGACCAGAAGGUUCAGAUUUCCUACUAUGGACCCAAGACCGGCCCGGUCCAGGCCCUGCUCUACAUCACCGGGGUGGAAAUCUCCUUGAGCGCGGACAUCACUCGCACUGGCAAAGUGAAGCCAACCAAAGCCAAGAAAAACCAGAGGACCUGGACCUGGGGCCCCCGCGGACAAGGCGCCAUCCUGCUGGUGAACUGUGACAAAGACAAUCCAAAGUCUCCCUCCUCCAGGGACUGCAUGGAUGACCAGGUGCAUGACAGAGAAGACCUUCAGGACAUGUCCCUGGUGACCCUGAGCACGAACACCCCCAGGGACUUCUUCGUCAAGCAUCAGCUGGUGCUCCACGUGGCCAAGUCUGAGAUGGACAAAGUCCGAGUGUUUCAAGCCAGUCGGGGCAAACAGCCCUCCGGGUACAGGGCGAUCCUGGGGCCCCAGCGGCCCUCUCACGCCCUGCAGCUCCCGGGCGGCCAGCACAGCACAGACUUCUACGUGGAGGGCCUCGCGUUCCCCGACGCCAACUUCCCAGGCCUCGUUUCUCUCACCGUCUCCCUGCUGGACACGUCCAACCUGGAUCUCCCCAAUGCCCUGCUGUUCCAAGAUAGUGUGGCCUUCCGUGUGGCCCCCUGGAUCAUGACGCCCAACACUCAGCCUCCAGAGGAGGUGUACGUGUGCAGGGUAUUUGACAAUGAGGACUUUGUGAAGUCAUUGGCUGCUCUGGCCGAGAAAGCCAAGUGCAAGCUGACUGUGUGCCCCAUGGAGGAGAGCAUGGAGGACCAGUGGAUGCAGGACGAGAUAGAGAUUGGCUACAUCCAAGCCCCGCACAAGACGCUGCCCGUGGUCUUCGACUCUCCGAGGAACAGGGGCCUGAAGGAGUUCCCCAUCAAAUGCCUGCUGGGUCCGGAUUUUGGCUACGUGACUCGAGGCCCCCAAACAGGGGGCGUUAGUGACCUCGACUCCUUUGGGAACCUGGAAGUGAGCCCCCCAGUCACAGUGGGAAAGAAGAGAUACCCACUGGGCCGGAUUCUCAUUGGGGACAGCAGUUACCCCAGUGCCAAGAGCCAGGAGAUGCAUCAGGCCUUGCAGGACUUCCUCGCUGCCCAGCAGGUGCAGGCCCCUGUGAAACUCUACUCUGACUGGCUGUAUGUGGGCCACGUGGACGAGUUCCUGAGUUUCGUUCCGGUGCACAAGAAGGGCUUCCGGCUGCUCCUGGCCAGCCCCAGGUCCUGCUACAAACUGUUCCAGGAGCUGCUGAAGGAGGGUCACAGUGAGGCUGUGUUGUUCGAGGGCAUCGCGAAAAAAAAACGGCAGACACUAAAGGACGUUCUGUCAAACAAGAAGUUGAGAGAACAUAACUCCUACGUGGAGAGCUGCAUCGACUGGAACCGGGAGGUGCUGAAGCGGGAGCUGGGCCUGACGGAGCGGGACAUCGUGGACGUCCCCCAGCUCUUCAAGCUCCGUGCGGACGUCACAGGGACCUUCAAGGCUGAAGCCUUUUUCCCAAACAUGCCCACCUCCCAAUGUAACAGAGGAGACGGUCAUUUGCAUAAGUUACCACAGAUGGAAUGUGCUACAAAAGAGGUGAACAUGCUGGUGCUGGGCAAGCACCUGGGCAUCCCCAAGCCCUUCGGGCCCAUCAUCCACGGCCGCUGCUGCCUGGAGGAGAAGGUGCGGGCCCUGCUGGAGCCGCUGGGCCUCCACUGCACCUUCAUCGACGAUUUCCACGCCUACCACCUCCGGCACGGGGAGGUCCACUGCGGAACCAACGUGCGCAGGCAGCCCUUCUCCUCCAAGUGGUGGCACAUGGUGCCCUGAGCCUGUCCCCGACCCCCAGCUUCUUCUCCCGUGGGAAGCUCCUGGCCAGAGGCUCUGGCCCCCUGCAGUGUGGCAUAGCAAGAGUUCUUGGGGACAUUUUGGCUCCCCAGAGGUGACUACCUUCCAGGCAGAGGCUUGCUUGCUUCCCCUGUGUCCGCUCUGAAGAUCCCAAGAUGGUCCCGGCAUUGCAAACUCAGUUCUGCUGUGAGAAGCUGCAAUAAAGUUUUGUAAUUCAUGUA